CGCCUCCGCCGCGGAGGACGACAACGAGUCCGCGCGCGCGCGGGGCCCCGCGGCGCACCUGCUCGCGGUUUCCCCUCGAGGUUCACGAAAGGGGCUGCGGUCCCGGCUUCUCGGUGACGGGCAGCGGUCCCAGCCAGUGCCGCCGCGGCCGUUGACGGGCAGGUCGGCGGCAGCCCGUUCCUAGAGCGCCCAGCGCCUCAGCCAGGCGGCGUGAGCUCCCCCAGGGCCCGGGUCCGUGAUAUGCGACGCUUCAGCCACAUCAGCCCCCACCCCCGCCUCCCGUGUCCCCAAACCCGCGUGAACGAAGCCCCCCGAAGGGAAGCGGCGUCGGGAGACAUUGUGGAGUCGCCCGUGGGAGCCGAGGGGGCAUGAGCCACCUGCAGACGCUGCUGUUAGACACCCUCCUGGGGACCAAGCACGUGGACUGUGCCGCGCUCAUCAAGAUCCAGGAGCGGACCCUGUGUGUGGCAUCGCCGGGAUUCAAUGUAAUGCCAAGUGAUGUCCGAACUCUUGUGAAUGGAUUCGCCAAAAACCCCUUGCAGGCCCGAAGAGAAGGGCUGUAUUUCAAGGAAAAGGACUACAAAUGUGUCCGGGCAGAUGAAAAUUCUCUUUACGCUAAGAAUGGGAACACCGGCGUGAUUGUUGUAAAGACUCAUCUGUAUCUUCUGGUGGCGACUUACACCGAGAGCAUGUACCCUAGUGUGUGUGUGGAAGCCACAGAGAAGCUGGGAGAAUAUCUAAGGAAAAAAGGAAAUUAAUUCAUGAGAGGACUUUGAAAGACAACUUUCUUAUUUUAGAAGCAAACUAUAGAUCAUAAAGAAGAAAUUAUGCCGCAUUUGUGGUUGAAAAACACUAAGCCGAAGACACUAAAGAAUAAUAAUCCAUUAAGGGGAUAAUUCAAGAGGCCAUCUUCUUUCAUUGGAAGUACUUGAUCAACUUGUUCUUUUAAGUGUUAGUCAUUGGCGUGGAACCUGAAAGUGCUGAUGGUUUUAAAGGGCAUGUCCUGGAGGCUCCCCUCCAGAGGCUCUUAUCUUCCUGGAUAUGCCAGGAAUGCAAGUUCCUAACCAUGCUUUAUCCAGGCCAUAUCGGGGUUAUGUCGGGGUUAUGUCGCAGGAAGCAACCUUAGAAAGAAGUCAUGUCCCCCUUCCUGACAGCACAUUUGCUAACUGCUUGCUGUAAGAGGGGUGGGGUCCCCAAGCUCAGUAUUCCUCUACGCUACAUGUGUGACAGCCAUCUGGUCCACUUCACCCCUGUGAGUCCGUAUCACCCCUGGAGGGGUAGGAGAACCAAUGCAAAGGCCACCAGCAGUGGGCCACUAGACAGGUGUUUGAUGGCCAUCCCACACUCCGUUUGUAGGCUUCCUGUAUAAGUGAGCAUUGGAAAGGCCUUUUAGAAAACAAACCCCACGUCUCUCUCUGUAUGCUAGUCUGCACUACUUGGUAAGGCAGCAUGACCCCUGAACUCCACCUUUCCCAGAAAGUAUUCCUCCGUGGGUCACCUCCUAGGCGAUGAUCAGGACAAGAGUGGCAAGUUACAGAGUUUAUUUUGAAAACUAGAGAUUGUACCCUGAGUGUUGCUGGGCAUGAUGCGUCUUUCCCCCAACAGCAGCCUCAGGCCAGCCUGGUUGUCACACCCUGCACGUGUCCCUGGGGAGGGAACACCGUAGACCACUGAUCGGAAGGGCCCAGGGAAUUCAAGCUCAGCUCUGGGCAGCCAGGUUGGAUUAACACGGUUCUGUAUCAGAGGGAUGAAGAGCACUUGGUAGAGUGUGCUGCUCUCCAGGUCCCUCCACGGUACACAGGCCAGGGGAAUAUAAUGGGUCUCUAAGAUUUGUAAAAAUAUCCCUGUCCCAUAUGACCUUUCCAGACGAAAUGUCGGUGCGAAAGAGCAUGACUGGAGAUAAAGUAUCCUCAUGGCUACUGGGAUGGAGCAUCAUUCCUCUUCUGAGCUUGGGUGCCAAGGGCCACAGACAGCUUCCUUUGUGGUCAAAUUCACCACUAGUCCAUUCUAUCUGUUAAGUUGCUUGAUACUGUAUGAAUGAGGGAUAAAAAUAAAGGUAAACAUUUGCUUAUCUGGAAGCCAUUGAGUAACGAAGGUAAGGAGUAGCCUACAGGACCCCAGAGAGGGUCACAAUCUAGUAGGGGAGGCAAGCUCGUCACUGAGUCACACGACCCAUGAUACAGGCUUUUACAGAUCCGUAGCAACUGCUGAACGCAGAGCCGGGAGCCUAGGGCUGUGCCUUCAGGAGCCUUAGGAUGCCCUGUGAAGUGGAUGUAGGAGAAUGAGUGAGUAUGAGAGAGUAAGCUUGAAGGAACACACGUGUGAAGGCACAGUCAUGACCAGUUGUGCGGCAAGAAUGGUGAGACGGUCCAUCUGGCUGGAAAGCAGUAUGUGUGGAGGAGCGAACAGGGAAACAGCGGACGAGGGCAAGAUAGGGCUGCUUUCCUCGGGGUCACCCAAAGGUCAUCCAGCGGUACUGUGGUAUAGCAGCAACUACUGGAUUCUGGUUACAAAAAUAAUAAACACUGAUCUUAAAACCUUAGGAAAAUAAGCCCCAUAGUUCUGUGAUAGAGCGCCCCAAACCUGCACCUGCUCAUCCAGGGUUCUGAUGCAGGGGUGCAGGAAGAAGGCAGGCAUUUAUUUGCCAAACACCAAGCAAGGAGCUAGGCAGCUUUCACUUCAUUUCUGGGCUCUUGGAGGGGAUCGUGUAAUUGAAGCUGAGACUGAGGUGGGUGUUCAGCCCGGGUACAGGUCUCUAGUCGGUCUGCAGGGCCUGCGGCCCUCCUCUGGCCACAAAAGAGUGUGACUUCAUGUUCUUUGGGAAAUUUUUAAAGUGGCAAACUGAGCUUUAGUUAGGUGGUUGUUGCUUUUUGCUCAGGGCCUAGGGUUCUUGGAAAAAACCUUCAAGAGAAGACAAAAUGUCAAAAUGCUGUCCACAGAGGAGGUAAAUGACCUUAGGAGGCCUGUGAUCGGGGAGCCCGUGGGGCCAGCUGACCUAAUGCACCACUCCCUCAGAUUAGUGAGCUCAUUUUAGUAAGAGGUUAACUUGCAAAGAAACUUCAAGUAAAGAGAGGGAGACAGAGAGGGAGACGGAGUCUGUGGAAGACUGGUGCCUGUAGUAGAAGGUAUCUGCACCGUAGCCUCCACACAGGGGCUUGGCUUCAGUUUCACAGUAAAUGGGAACUGCUGGUGAUUCAGUUAUCCCAGCUUUUCUUGAGGCACAGAGCAUAUAACUUUUGCCCCCAUUUAGAUCCGCAGUGCAUAUAGUUGACAUCCACUAUGUUCAUUCAGCAUAAUGUUACAAGACCUUGAAUAUCAUUGAAAUUGCUUUGGAAAAUCAUUAAAUAUCAUGUAGUU